GAAAAAAAAAGAAAGAAUUAGGUUCACGAAAGAGUCGGAAGUAGAGAGAGUGUGACGAUGUUAAAGAACAUACUAUAGGAAGAAGCACACAAAAACAAGGAAAAAAACAGUAAGCAGCGGCUGGUGAAGUGAAGUGAGAGAAAAAGGUAUCCAAACAAGACGAUGGCCGUUUCCGUAACCAUUUUGGUUCUCGUCAUCGCUCUGCAUCUCAUAGCCUUUGUCUUUGCAAUUGGCGCCGAACGACGUCGUAGCGAGGCGAAGGUAAUCCCCGACCAGUACGACGACAGAACCUACUGCUCUUACACCACCGACGCUUCCACCGUCUAUGGCCUCGCUGCCGUCGCUCUCCUGCUUCUCAGCCAGGCCGUCCUCAACGCCGUCACUCGAUGCCUAUGCUGCGGCAAAGGGCUUGUUUCCGGUUGCUCGGCCACUUGCGCCGUCGUCUCCUUCAUCCUCUCCUGGAUUAGUUUUCUGGGAGCAGAGGCGUGUUUGUUAGCAGGGUCUGCGAGGAAUGCAUACCACACCAAGUACCGAGGGUACUUUGUGAGGCACGAUUUGUCUUGUGCUACCCUGCGCAAAGGUGUGUUUGCAGCUGGAGCUGCCUUGACCUUGCUGUCCAUGUUGGCCUCCAUCUUGUACUAUUGGGCACACUCCAGGGCUGAUACUGGUUUCUGGGAGAAGCACCGCAAUGAAGGGCUUGGAUUGGCAACACAACACCACCACCACCAAGGGGCUGAUUCUGAUAAGGCCUGAUCAUGGUUUCUUGCUUUGAACGAUGUUUACUCAAUUUUGGUGGUCCUGUUUUAGCUUUUGGAUAAGGGAUAUUGGGGAUAAGGGAAGGAAGAACAGUGUUUGCAAAACCUUGUUCUUGUAUUAAUGGGUGAAUAUAUAGUAUUUAUGCUGUAAUGGAAGAAUGCUUGAAAUAUAAAGAUAGAUGGCAGCACAAUGAUGGUGGUUUAAUAUAUGCCAAUCUUAUAGUUUCUAA